GGCUUCCUGCACAAACUCACACAAAAACGCACACUGUCUCACACCCACACCCACACUAUAAUACACACUCUAUCUCAGCAGCAUGGACAACUCCUCCUCCUCCUGCUGCUCAGAUUUGUUCACAGCCAGGCUGAGACAGCACACACACAGUAACACAUACAGGAACACGCACACACAAACUAACACACAUAGCAACGCACACUCUGAGCUGGAGGAUGCUGUUUCCACUCGGCUGAUUUUUGGCGUUGCAUCACAGAAAAAGAACUAGAGAGAGGAAGGAGGAGGACAGAGAUACAUACAGAUAACCAGGAUAAUACCCAGGUUAAUUAGCAGACUAAUAAUAUCCAGUUUAAUUAGCAGGUUAACAGAAGCAAGCAGGUAAAUAACGAGUUGACCUGGAGGCAGUGGAGGUUUGUUGUUUGAGGAGAAACAGAUGGAGUCUGAUGAGAAUCUGCUCAAUGCUUUUCUGCUGCUGCUCAUCGGAUCACACCUUACCCUGGUGGGUCCUUCCACCCCUGAGGAGGGUUGGCAGGUGUACAGUUCAGCUCAGGACUCUGAAGGUCGAUGUGUUUGUACAGUCGUUGCUCCUCAGCAGUCGGCCUGCUCCAGAGACGCCCGAACCAAACAGCUGCGGCAGCUGCUUGAAAAGGUGCAGAAUAUGAGUCAGUCCAUUGAAGUUUUGGAUCAGCGGACUCAGAGGGAUCUGCAGUUUGUGGAAAAAAUGGAAGUUCAGCUGAAAGGUCUGGAAAACAAAUUCAAAGAGGUAGAGGAUGGACAUGAGACCAGCAUCGCCAGGCAGUACAAGUCUAUCAAAGCCAAGAUGGAGGAGUUACGUCCUCUGAUACCAGUCCUGGAGACCUACAAAGCCGAUGCUGUGCUGGUCCGACAGUUUAAGGAGGAGGCAGCGAACGUGACGGAGCUGCUGGCAUCGCUGCAGGAGCAACUGGGAGGACUCGACUACCAGGAGCUCCACAGCCGGGUGAUGAGCCUGGAGGACCGGCUGAAGGCCUGCAUGCAGAGGCUUGCCUGUGGGAAGCUGACAGGAAUCUCAGAGCCAGUCACCAUCAAGACAUCUGGAUCAAGAUUUGGAUCAUGGAUGACUGACCCACUUGCUCCGGCUGGAGACACCAGAGUGUGGUACAUGGAUGGAUACCAUAACAAUCGCUUUGUUAGGGAGUAUCAGUCGAUGUAUGACUUCAUGAUGACUGAUAACUUCACCUCUCACCGCCUCCCUCACCCCUGGUCUGGUACCGGUCAAGUAGUUUACAAUGGAUCCAUUUACUUCAACAAGUUCCAGAGUCACACCAUCAUAAAGUUUGACUUUAGCACAUCACUCAUCAGCCGCUCCCGACAGCUUGACUUUGCUGGCUACAACAACAUGUACCAUUAUGCUUGGGGGGGCCACUCAGACAUCGACCUGAUGGUGGACGAGGGAGGGCUCUGGGCCGUCUAUGCCACCAAUCAGAAUGCUGGAAACAUCGUCCUGAGCCGGUUAAACCCCAACACUCUCCACAUCAUCCGCAGCUGGACCACCAACCACCCAAAGCGCAGUGCUGGUGAAGCAUUCAUGAUCUGUGGAACCCUGUACGUCACUAAUGGAUACUCAGGUGGGACCAAAGUGUACUACGCCUUCUCCACUAACUCCUCCACCUACGAGUACAUCGACAUUCCUCUGACUAACAAGUACAGCCACCUGUCCAUGCUCGACUAUAACCCUCGUGACAGAGCACUGUAUGCCUGGAACAAUGGCCACCAAGUCCUGUAUAAUGUUACACUUUAUCACAUUAUACAGUAAUAUGAAGGAAUACAUACAUUCAAAUUCCAGAAUAAAGCUGAAGGAUUAAAGUAAAUGAAGUAAGAAUAAAGGUCAAUACAGUACAACAAAAUCAGAAAAAGUUGCCUUGUAUGCAAAAUUAAAACUCUAAACAGUGAUUUGUAAAUCAUAUGUGUCCUGUGUUACACUGGAAACAACACGGCAGCUCAUUGUUUGAUGUGACACCAUCAACUUUAUUGUUUUUUCAAAAUGAACACUUCAAUCCUGCAACACAUUCCAAACAAAGUUGGGACAGUGAAGCGUCUACCACAGUGUGACACUGCUGUUCCUUUUCACAACACUUACAGACAUAGGGACUGAGGACAUCAAGUGAUUCAGUGUGUCAGGUGUCAUUUU